AUGCAGGGAGUGCAGGAUGGAGGCAGCCCAUUGGACCAGCCCCUCUCACAGCGCCGCGUCCGCCAAUGGGCAGCGGCCUGGGCGGGGCGUCGGCGCGCGGGCGCCUUGAGCAGCGGCUGCGUGGCCGCCCUCGUGGACCAGCCUUCGACGGCGUCUCGUGUGUGCAGGGCCUGCCGGAAGACGUCGGAGGUGCCGGAUCCUGUUCGUGGAGCCAUGUCUCGGCCGGAAGCCGGCGCCAACGCCUCCUCCUGGGUCGUUGCUUCUCGGCGGGGCGCGGCGCUGCUUCGGGCUCCGGAAAGGAGCCCGGAGAAGGAGCCGAGCCAAGGCGGUCGCGGAGGCCAGAAGGCCGGCGGAGGUGGCGGCUGGAGGGGCCACUCCGGCGUCCAGCAGCCCGUGGGCGCUGGUUUCCAGGAGCCGCCGCUCUCCUUCAGCCUGAAGAACGACUGGGUGGGCGCGGUGAUCGGGCGUGGUGGGUCAAAAAUAAAAGAGAUCCAGAGCUCAACAUACACCAAAAUACAGAUAAUAAAAGGGUACCCUGAAGCGGAAGUAAGAAUUUUUGGCACCAAGGCAAUGCAGAGCAAAGCGAAAACAGUGAUAGAUAAUCUUGUUCAAGAACAAGAAGACUACAAAACGGAACCCAAAGUUGAUGUUGCUGUUGUCCAACCUUCGGAUGGAAAAGAUGCAAGGAAAGAUGUUUCAGGAAAUCAGAAAUCGGUUGAUUGGGAUAAGUGCCGAGAAAAUAUUUUGAAAUGGAGCAAAAAAAAGUGGGCAGGUUUACCUCCAAUUAAGAAAAACUUUUACGUGGAGUCAGAAACAACAAGUUCAAUGUCACAAGACCAAGCAGACAAUUGGAGGAGGGAAAAUUAUAAUAUAAUGUGUGAUGACUUGAAAGGUGGUGAGAAACGUCCUCUUCCCAACCCUAUUGGUAAUUUUGAGGAUGCAUUUCACUGUUAUCCUGAAGUUAUGAGAAACCUUCAAAAGGCAGGUUUUCAAAGGCCCACACCAAUUCAGUCACAGGCAUGGCCAAUCAUUCUACAAGGAGUAGAUCUUAUAGGAGUAGCUCAGACUGGAACGGGGAAGACAUUGACGUACUUAGUGCCUGGAUUUAUUCAUAUUGACUCACAACCUCUAGCCAGGAAUGGGCCGGGCAUGUUAAUCCUCACCCCGACUCGAGAACUAGCUCUGCAAGUGGAAGCCGAGUGCCGUAAAUAUUCAUAUAAAGGUCUUAAAAGUGUUUGUAUAUAUGGUGGUGGCGAUAGAGAUGGACAAAUAAAAGACUUAGCGAAAGGUGUCGAUAUCAUUAUUGCCACUCCCGGAAGACUCCACGAUCUACAAAUGAAUAACUUUGUGCACCUGAAGAGCGUAACCUACCUGGUAUUAGAUGAAGCUGACAAGAUGCUGGAUAUGGGAUUUGAACCCCAGAUCAUGAAGAUUUUAUUAGAUGUACGCCCAGACAGGCAGACAGUUAUGACAAGUGCAACGUGGCCAUGUGCUGUCCGUAGACUCGCACAAUCUUACUUGAAAGAGCCCAUGAUUGUGUAUGUUGGUACUUUGGAUCUAGUUGCUGUAAGUACCGUGAAACAAAAUAUAAUUGUCACCACAGAAGACGAGAAACAAUCGCAUAUCCAAACUUUCAUCGAGAGCCUGUCUCCCAAAGACAAAGUCAUAAUAUUUGUUAGCCGGAAAGCUGUGGCUGAUCAUUUAGCAAGUGACCUGAGUAUCCGGCAUAUAUCAGUAGAGUCUCUGCAUGGCAACAGAGAACAGAGUGAUCGAGAGAGAGCAUUAAAAAACUUUAGAACAGGGGAAGUGCGAAUACUGAUUGCUACCGAUUUAGCAUCUCGUGGUCUCGAUGUCCAUGAUGUCACACACGUCUAUAAUUACGAUUUUCCCCGGAACAUCGAAGAAUAUGUGCACAGAGUAGGGCGCACCGGGAGAGCAGGGAGGACUGGGGUAUGUGUUACCCUCAUCACUAGAAAUGAUUGGAAGAUUGCUGGUGAAUUAAUUAAUAUUCUGGAAAGAGCAAAUCAGAGUGUCCCAGAGGAUCUUGUGGUGAUGGCUGAGAGAUAUAAAGCAAAUAAACUGAAAAAAGAAAUGGAAAAUAAAUGGGAAAGACCCCAAGGAAAACCCAAGAUGUUUUAUUAUUAACGUCUAUAUUGAAAAGUGGUACCAGCCUACUUAAAAGAGAAUUCAAGAUUUUUUUUGAGAUAUAUUUAUUUAAGAUACUGUGGAAGUAUUGGAAGCACGCUGGCAGUAUGAAGAGAUGACUGAGUCUUAAAAUAAUAGUGUUUAAAAUGUAGAAUUCAGUAUUUUAUACUUGAAUAAGAUCAAAAGUAUUUAAACUUGAGUUGAACAUUUUUUAUUGAUAUUAAGGAAUGUAGCAUUAAAAUUUCACUUUUUGCUAUCUUUAUUUUAAAAAAAGAAAUAAAUGUAAAUUUUGUCUCCUAUAAUGUUGCUGUAUUAAGGUCAAUCUUUAAAGGGUUUCAAGCUUGUUCAGAU